AUGGCAUCCUUACCUAUUAUCGACUUUGGCAAGUGGCGGAAUGGCAGUACGGAAGACAGGCAGCAGAUAGCGCAAAAGCUUGCGACUGCGUGCAAACAAGUUGGAUUCGUAUACAUCAUUAAUCAUGGAGUGCGGGAUGACCUGCUAGAUGAUGCUUUCGGCUGGUCUAAGAAGCUUUUCGAUUUACCAGAGGAAAAGAAAAUGCUGGCCCCUCAUCCGCCAGGUCCGAAUGUGCAUAGAGGAUACUCUUGGCCAGGACUUGAAAAGGUCUCUCAGUAUAUCCACAAGGAGGACCAAGACUCGGAUGCCGAGGACGAAGAGUUGAGAAAGGUGCAGGAUUGCAAGGAAAGCUACGAAAUCGGAAGUGAGGAUAACGCCGAGCAGCCUAAUGUGUGGCUUCCUGAAGAAACUCUUCCUGGUUUCCGCAGAUUCAUGACGGCAUUCUACGGGCAUUGUUUCGACACAGCAAGAGAGAUCCUGCGAGCCGUCGCGCUAGGUAUCGGCCUAGAGGACGAGGAUUAUCUCCUGCGCUUCCAUAGUGGUGACAACAAUCAGUUGCGCUUACUUCACUACCCACCAGUCGAGACAGAAAAGCUCUCGAGUAAUGCUUUGGCACGGAUGCCGGCCCAUUCAGACUGGGGUUCCAUCACCAUGUUGUUCCAAGAUGACUGCGGGGGCCUACAGGUUGAGGAUCCCAACGUCCCUGGCACAUUUGUCGAUGCUACACCACUCAAGCGAGCCCUGGUUAUGAACGUGGGAGACCUGCUUAUGCGGUGGAGCAAUGACUAUCUCAAGUCCACGCUUCAUCGUGUCACAGUCCCGCCAUUGCAAGCGAGCAAGGACGGCGCAAGGUUGAUGACCCGUGCACGGUAUUCCAUACCUUACUUUGUGAGCCCAGACUCAAAGUCGCUUAUCGAGUGCCUGCCAGUGUGUUCAAACUUGGAGAAUCCGGCAAAAUAUCCUCCCGUCAUUCAAGAGGAUUACAGACGACUAAGAGCGAAGCUACAGUAUCCAGAGACAAAGGCGAAGACAGUGGCAGUUGCUUAG